AUGCUGAUGACAAUUUGUUUGCUGUCUGCACAGGUGACGUUAUCCGGGCUGCUAAAUUUUGUUGAUGGCUUGUGGUCGACAAGUGGGGAGGAAAAGAUCAUCAUCUUCACGACCAAUUACAAGGAGCGUCUUGAUCCGGCACUCUUGCGGCCCGGCAGGAUGGACAUGCACAUCCACAUGGGGUACUGCACCCUGGAGGCUUUCCGGAUCCUUGCCAACAACUACCAUGCCAUCGACUCCCAUGCCACAUAUCCAGAGAUCGAGGAGCUGAUCAAGGAGGUGAAUGUGACGCCUGCAGAGGUUGCCGAGGUUCUAAUGAGGAAUGACGACACUGAUGUUGCGCUCCAUGAUCUAGUUGAGCUCCUAAACUCUAAAAAGAAAGAUGCCGUUGAGAUCAAGACUGAAAACAAACACGCUGAUGAGAAGAAAGAUGCCAAUGCGAUCAAGACUGAAAGUAUGCAGGUGGACGAAACGAAAGAUGGCGAUGAGAUCAAGACUGAAAGUUUGAGGUAGAGGAGAAAAAAGAUGACAAAGAGGUUGUGUUGAAGAAUGAUUCCUUCACAAAAGACUGAAGCAGUUAGGAGUGCAGAAGCUAACAGUGACCAGAGUGUGUGUACUAUAUAGAUAGGUCCUACAGGGGAUCCAUUGCAAAAUAUGUGAUCAUUUUGGGAGAUCCACUGCAAAAUUGUGAUCAUUUUGACUACUAAUAACAUUAGGUUUUUUGGAACA